AUGUGCGACUCGCAUUCCCCCACUUUCCCACAUCUCCCAACCGUCACGCCAAUGGGUCUGCGAGUUGGCUCCACGACAAAGUGUGCGCUCCGCGUGCAUGUGACCUGCGCGCUCCACACGCCAACCCCUCCUACGGCCAAUCUGACGAUCUGUUCCCCUCACCCACACUGUCGUCCUGUGCGCCUCCCUGCCCCCUCAUAUACCCUCCUUCCAUGAGCGGCCGUGUUUGACGCCCUUGAAUCCGAUACGGAGGGCACGGAAAAGGAACGCCUUCAGGCUCAGGAAAGGGAAUGGCGAGUGCGGUACAACAUCUCCGUAGAGGAUUUUGAGAAAAUCACUCAACUGGGUAUCCAACUAAAGCCUUAUCGCGCUGGGACCCAGUGGAAAUUUGCCGGUGCUUUCUACUUUGCCACGACAGUUAUAACAACUAUAGGUGAGUCUAGAAAGAAACAGUACGUUUAG